CUCUCUUGAUAAUAAUUUUUCUGGUGACUGUCGAUAUUUUAAUAAUUAUCAAAACUGUCUUAUCAGUGCCCUAUCAUGCAGUUCGUCGAAAUGUAGCUUCCAAAAGACCGCUUCAAGAUUUAAAUAACGUAAUAAAUAAUUAAAACUUACCGACAGACGCGAACUACUGUACAGUGUCUCUCUCUGAAACUGCGGUAAGAUGGCGAAUUACGUUACAUAAAGCGCAAAGCGCAUUAACCUAUUCCUCUACGAAAAAUAUAGAACUGCAUCGUUAAUGUCUACCAUGAAACGACUAUUCUACAAUUAUUAUUGUCUUACCAAGUUAUUUCGACAAUAAUUUAAUUUCAAAGUGGCCUGAUUUCCAGCAAUUCAACAAAUAUGAAAAAUGGUCAAGUGUAUUUUCAAAUUCAAACUAGAUUGGUUCGUUCCUAGUUGUCUCAAAAGUAACUAAUCAAUGGCCAAUCACGGUUCUUAACUCCGAUCUAGUGCCAACUUAUAAAAAAAAACAUUCAAUCUUCUAGGGUAGCGAUUUCGUUUCCAGGUUGGCAAGUCUGCUGAACAGCGUCAACGUUAAUUGAGUAGCACAGUCCAUGUACAGAAUUGUAUAGUUAGGUAGUCAAGAAGGACGAGGUAAGGGUGUAGAAAAGAGACCAUGAAAUAAUCUCGUAUUAAGCCUUCCUUCUCGCACUUGUUGCUCGGACACUAAAGAGAGAGACAGCAUGGUCUCCCAGCAGUCCAAGUAGGGCAAGUGCAAUGAAAAUAAAUUGCAAAUUAAUUCCAAACUUCACUACUCUUCCAUAUAAAUAUAGUGGGUUCAGGGAUAGUUGGGAAUGGUUAACAAUUGCGAAUGAAAGUGAAAAAGAUGUCGAGGGGAUUAAUUAUGCGUGAGAACUCAAGACCGAGAUGACGCCAUCCAACAUUUUCCACGCGAUAGGAAAUAUUUAAGAAAUAGUUCCUUCGCUCGAGAGUGUCAGAAGGAAGAAAACACAAAUGGACGUCCUAGGUUAGCCUUGUAUCUUAUGAGAUAAUUUCGUGAAGGUUUCUAUCCAGCAUGUUGACGGAACAAGCGGUUCUUAUGGAUUCCAUACAGCAGGGUGUGGAGACGCUGCCGCUAGGCUUCAUCAUCUCAGAGGAUGGCCGGACACUUUUUGCGGUCAUUGAUCGGGAGGAUGGAGUGUUGGAGUUCAUUGCGACUACAGUAGCAGUGACACAUAACGGUGAGCCUAUGACACCGGGUAAGACUGCAGAUGGAAAUAUAAUACUAAAUUCUCCAAUACUGCAAAUAAAUUUGGAAGACCCAAAUGCCUGUGAAGUGAAACCAACGGCUGCGUCUCUAUUACCUGUGCAAGGUUACCAGGCACUGCCCGUAGUUCUAGAAGACCAAUCUGCCCCUCAGUUGGUUAAAAUUAACCGAGUGCAACCCAUUGAUGACCCGAUCUCAGAAAUCGAAAAUUUAGAUGCGGAACUAAAUGUAGAAAAUGUGCAAGAGAAUUUGGAAGAGAUUAGUGAAUCUCUUCCACCUGACAGGAGAAGUUUGAUGAAGAGAGGGCCAGGAAGGCCACGAAAGGAAGAAACUGGUCCACCACUGAGCAGAAUUAACAACUUCAAAUGCGACAUUUGUGGCCAGACAUUUACCAAGCAAAUGUUACUGCGAAGACACAUGGAACAUCAUGCGGAGGAAAAGCCUCACCGUUGCCCCAAGUGCCCUGCAUCGUUCAAUGUCCCGACGAAUUUCACGCUUCAUAUGGCGACGCACGGCACCGGUGAGCCCAGGUGUCCAGAGUGCGGCAGAAGAUUCGCCCGAAUGGCCAGCCUUAAGUCUCACAUGUUACUGCACGAGAGGGAGGAAAACCUGUUCUGCACGGAAUGCGAGGAUGCCUUCUCAACCAAGGCCCAGUUGGACGCUCACCUGAAGCUACACAAUGAGAGGUGGACCACGGAGGACGUGCGCAAGUGCAAACUCUGCAACAAGCAGUUCACUCAGCCCGCGCUCUACCGGCUCCAUAUUCGCGAGCACUACAGGCUGCAGACGAAGGUGGCGAAGCAGACGAGGAGGGGCACGAAGCACAAGACCAUGUACAAGUGCAAGAUCUGCCUCAAGUCCUUCCAGAAGCCCAGUCAGCUGAUGCGCCACAUCAGGGUGCACACUGGAGAGAAACCCUUCAAGUGCACCAUCUGCGCUCGCGGUUUCACCCAGAAGGGCUCUCUGCAGAUUCACAUGUGGAGGCACAAGGGCAUCAGGCCGCACGCUUGCGUCUUCUGCAACGCGAGAUUUAGCCAGAAAGGAAAUCUGAACUCACACAUCACGCGGGUGCACAAUGCACCUGAAGGGGAGCCAAUUUACGGGUGUACUCACUGCACCUGCGUUUUCCGGAAACUCGGGAGCUUAAACAGCCACAUGAAGAGGAUGCACUCGACACCUGUGGAGGCUCCUCCCAGGUGCGACAGCUCGACGGAGGCUGACAUGCAAGCCACGGUUGACAGUGUCAUGUCGCAGCUGGCAUCUCUGGAGUCGACUGUCAAAAAUACCGCAGAUUCCACCAACGGGAUUGGCGUGUCAAACAAGGACGACAUCCUGCAACAGGCGCUCGACAACAGCGGCUUGUCGGCCAAGGAUAAGAGUUCUGCCUCGGAGUCGGCCAACUCCAAAAAAUCCGACGCUCAGACGACCUUCGUCACCCUGCUGGACAAGGCCACGGAGGGUUCUACAAAGAAGUAUGUAACCAUCAAGCAACGGAGUAUAGGAAACGUCAGGUGGUACUCCUGUUCAUUUUGCCACAAAGAAUUCAAGAAACCCUCCGACCUGAUCCGCCACCUCCGCGUCCACACCCAAGAGAAGCCGUUCAAGUGCUCGAGCUGCUUCCGAACGUUCGCCCUGAAGUCGACGAUGCGCGCCCACGAGCGAACCCACACGGCAACGAAGAAGUACACCUGCGGCUCCUGCAAUAAAGUAUUUUCCUGCCACAGCAGCCUCUCCACCCACGUCAGGCAGCAUACGAGGGCGCACAUCUGCGAGGUCUGCGAGAAGAGUUUCGCUACCCACGCGAUUCUGCGGUGCCACAUGAAAACGCAUUCCCGAGGGAAGCCGAAGGUCUCCCCCGAAGCCGAGGUCCUGGCCCCGCAGAUCGUCCUGGAGGAGCCGCUGCUAAUCAGCGACGCCGGGAACAAGAUCAGCGUGGCGCACGUCCAGUCGAAGCAGCAACAGGUCUACAACGACGACGUACCCAGACCGCACAAAUGCUGGGCCUGUCCUGCCGCCUUCCGGAAGAUCAGCCACCUGAAGCAGCACUACCGAAGGCACACCGGAGAACGACCCUACAAAUGUCCGCAAUGCGAUGGGAGGUUCACGUCGAACAGCGUCCUGAAGUCUCACCUGCACACACACGAGGACUCCAGACCCUUCACCUGCACGACAUGUCCCGCGAGGUUCUCCACGCACAGCAGCAUGAAGAGGCACAUGGUCACCCACAGCAACAAGAGGCCCUUCAUGUGCCCCUACUGUCACAAGACCUUCAAGACCUCCGUCAAUUGCAGGAAACACAUGAAGAUCCACAAGCACGAGCUCGCGCAACAGCAACUGGACCGGCAGAAGACUCAGCAGGAUCCCGACCAAGCCGAAGGAAUGCCGACCAUCUCAGGAAGCCUGGGCUUGACGGAGGAGAUCGAGGUGACCUUUCAGCCUCAGAUGGCUCCGGACUUCAGCCAAGCCUUUUCGGACCAGUUCCAAACCAUUCCCGUCGACAAGGGAAAGCCCUUCCCCCCAGAAACCACGACCCCGUCGACGGGACCUCCUACCCUCUCGGAUCGACAAAACCUGGCUGAAGUGGACACGGCAACCUUAGGCUCUUCCCAGACCCUGCACGCCGACGAGACCGGCACCAUCACCCUUCCUAACUAUUCCGGAGACCAAACGCUCACGCCGGAGAGCAUCAGGGAGAUCGAGGAGACGUUGAAUCAGCAACUCUUCGACAUCGGGAUGAACCUGGGCCUGGGGAACAAUUUGUCCCGGCAAAUCGGAGAGGCCAAUCCCGCAGAUGUGGAGAUCAAGGAGCAACCCGUCCUCAGCAUCAUCUACGAGAACGGGAAGGGCCUCGAGACUCAAGCGGGAACCAACAUCUUCCCGAGCCAGUUCGACACCUUCGACAUGAGCCAUAUCGCUCUUCAGACCGACGCGGAAAUCGACAUCGCCAUCGGCUCCAACUCGGCGAACAUGGCGAGCAUCCUGCCCAGGUCGGCCCAGGAGGAGGAGCAGCUGGUACCAGAAGUUCUGACGACCCUGAAGACUACCACCUCUUCCGUGCCAGCUCUCGUGGACGAUGGUUCCUCGAAGGGUCCUCCGAGACACCUUAUGGUCGUCAGCUCGGUGAAGACCUGUCCGGAACUCUCGAGGCCGGUGCAGGCCUGCCGGAAGUUCGCCAAGGUGAUCGCCAAGGCCGACACCACGGACUCUGACCUCAGGGUGGUCGAGCUCGACCCGAAGGACCCUUUAGCGACCCUCUCUCUCGGCGAGGACGAGAACGUCGACCUCUUCGUGUGCAGAGUGUGCGACGACAGUUUCAGGAGUCAGGAGGAGCUGGCGAUGCACGAGGAGAACCACAAUUCCCGGAAGAGGGACUCUGAAGAGGAUGCCGAAGUCGCAAGGAACGAAAGUUCUCUGCAGUGUCACAUGUGCAGUCGGAAGGGCUUCUCCGCGGCCGCUUUGAAAGAGCACCUGAAAACUCACUGCGGAGCAAAGGAGUUCCAAUGCCCGGAGUGCUGCCUAAAAUUCUGCACGAACGGCGGCUUGAGUCGCCACCUGAAGAUGCACGCGAGCAAGCAGCAGUGGAAGUGCCCUGACUGUGGGAAAGCGUUCGCCAAUAAAUUGCUUCUCAAGUCCCACCGGCAGACGCACGAGGACACCUGGACAGCGAACGCGGUUGAGGCGGACAGCUCGCAGAAGGAUCCCCUAAGCCUGGAGAACGAGUUCCUGCCGAUGGUGGAGGUGAUGUUUGGAAAGGCCGCUGAUCAGAACGAGGCCUCGGAGAAGGUCUUCCUCGACAAGACCGAGGAGAAGGAGCUGGUGAACAGGCUCGUGGCGAACGGGCAAAAUCAGGAGAAGAAGGAGUACUCGAACCGCUGCAGAUUCUGCCCGAAGAGCUUCCGGAAGCCUAGCGACCUGACGAGGCACGUGAGGACCCACACCGGGGAGCGACCCUUCCAGUGCGAUCACUGCAAGAAGAGCUUCGCGGUGAAGUGCACCCUUGACUGCCACAUGAAGGUGCACACUGGCAAGAAGACAUUCUCCUGCCACGUCUGCAACAGCCUCUUUGCCACGAAGGGGAGCCUGAAGGUGCACAUGCGCCUGCACACAGGUUCGAAGCCGUUCCGGUGUCCCCUAUGCGACCUGCGGUUCCGCACCUCCGGGCACCGCAAGGUGCACGUGCUGACGCACAUGCGUGAGCACAAGGGCGGCCCGAAGAGGAAGCCGAAGCAACUCAAGGUGGCCGCGAUCGCGGGGGUGGCGGCAGAGCUGGAGAAGACGGUGGAAAGUGGUUCCAACGGCUCCACCCAGGUGCUUUCGGUGGUGCCCCAAGUCUCGCAGGUUGCCCAAAUCGCGGAGUAUCCGAGCCUAGAGUCCAUCACCAUCGACGCAAGCAGCCUGACCGAUCAGCUGACCCUAAAUGGAGAUGGUACCAUCCUGAACAACAACGCCCUCCUCUCGGUCAACGAGAGCAACCAGCUGGUGGCGAACCUGCAGUUCCUCCUGGCAAACGGGCUCGUGACCAUCCAAGCAGAGGAGGGACUGCUUCCUCAUCUUCAGGGCGCUGCCGAAGAAAAUGGCACUACUCAGCUAGUGGUCGCGGGCCCCCAGGGAACCCUGGUUCCAGUCGAGGCUUCAGAAGGAACUCCGCAGACCUCCGACAUCCCUGAAGAGAUGAUUCUAGGUCUACCAGGGGAGCAGGAAGUUAUACCCGGGAAGGAGGCAGUCGUCAGGGUCGAGCCAGGUCGCGGACCCAAGGCCAAGGCCAGCAAGGAGUGCGACAUCUGCGGCAAGACCUUCACCAAGCCCUGCCAGGUCGAGCGGCACCGGAGGAUCCAUACCGGCGAGCGGCCCUUCAAGUGCGAGCUCUGUGCCAAGUCCUUCGCCCAGAAGAUCACCCUGCAGACUCAUCGGAAACACCACACGGGAGACAGGCCCCAUCCCUGUCCGCAUUGCGACCACUCCUUCACGCAGAAGGGGAACCUGAGGACGCAUCUGAGGAGGGUCCACAGGCUGGACACCCUGGAAACGAAGAAGCUGAAGAAAGGACCUCAGAUGCUGGGGACCAAGUCGGGCCAGGAGAACCUCGAAGAGGCCAGGAUCCUCAGCCUGGACGACAUUUCCUUCGUCGACUUUCUUAAAUAACGGGGAUGUCGACCUAGGUCUACCGUCGCCCUCCCAGGAUG